UGCGCGAGGAUUUUACAGCAUCGCCACCGCAAUCGCACGAGUGUACCAUUUUUAUUAUACCCCAGUGGAGCGUACCCAGCGACAAACAAAGAGGAGCCUUGUCAGGCAAGAUUUCUCAAGACAUAAAAAUGCUGGUGAAAUCAAACAGUGAGUAUGACUCCUUCCUCUACUGGAGACAGCCCAUCUCAGCCCCGGACCUGUCCGAGCUGGAAGACCUGGGUGUGACCAACAGCAAGCCAACCAAGAAGAGCAAGAAGGCCACCAAGAAACAUAAUGCUGCCCUAGCCAAGCCAAGGAAGCAGCAAGAGGCACAGGAGGCUGAAUUGUCAGAGUACACCUCCUUCAACUACUGGAGAGAGCCUAUCCCCACCAUCGACCUCCUCGACUUCAACCUGCUUCUGUGAGGACCAUCCCCAUCUCAGCCUCCCAGUCAUAAGACCCUCCCUCUCCUCACACUGACCCUAUCUGGAUAAUCAUGGCUUUUGUCAAGUUUGUGGUCCCAAGAAGAAGUACUGAAUCUGCAUUAGUCUGUACUGUGUUUUUUUUUGUAUAACCUCAGAAUAAUACUGAAAGGAUGAGGGGUAAAUGUUUUAACUUGCAGGUGACUGGCACUGUGAAUGACAUUCUAGGCAGUUCUGCUUAGGUUUUCUCCACAUGCGGGCUACUUGACUCGAUCGCUAAUGUCAAUGAGGUCAGCCUUUAAAUUAAGAUAGUUUAAUUGCACACUGACUGCAAGGCUCCUGUCUCACAUUAAGGACUUACGCAUUUAUAAUUUGUGAGGUAACUUGAGUUCACAUUUUUUAACACUAACAAAUGCAAAGUGCUGCCUCAUUUUACCCUCACCUAAAACAAGCUUGAAAGGUCGUGCCAACCCGAGCCUUGGAGUGUCUGCAUGUUGUAUUUAUAUGUAGUAGAAAGUAAAGCUCCUCCACACAGAACAUAUGUUUUAGAAGCUCUUAGGGAGCCACAAGCCUGACUGUUUUUUGCGCUUUGUAUUGAUUGCCUUUUGAUUUGUUUCAGACACUAAACUGACUGGCUCAAACUCACCCAAUUAAUUAAUUAAUUUAGUUUGCUGCUUUUAGUCUGCCCUGAGUAUGCCUCAACAGAGUGCAAUGACUGAGGGUAAAUGUUAGAGAUUCAACAAUGCAAGUUGUGCAAUGUGCAGAGCUGGUCAACUGUUUUCUUUAUUUUCUGCAUAGACCACUGUACCGUCUGAAUGUCAAGGAAAGAAUGGAUUGACAUUUUUAAUGAAAGGGAAAGGAAUGUUUUUUUAUUGUGUCAGACUGAUGUUGCACAUGGUCUUGAAAGUACGGUAGUACACGUUCUAAAUUUGGAUACUUUUAAUCAUAAAACUAACUUUUUGUGUGAGAUUGUGCAAUGAGCAGUGAAUUCCCAAAUGUGACUCGUCUGACUUUUCUGAAAUAAAUGAAGAUAUCCUGUGCAUAUCAAUCCA